ACAAGAUCUCAAUUUCUGUGACAUUGAACUUUCUCUUUUCCAGUACUUCAAUACAGUCGGUAUAUUCCGGCCCCAAAGAAGACUAUACAUAUGGCUGCAAAGAAUAUACCAUCUGCAUUCCGUAGUUGGCAGUACAUGACUACCUCCGGUGGCCUCGAAAAUAACCUGAAAAUGCAAACGAUACCUAUGCUCCAGCCUACCAAGGACCAGCACCUCGUUCGAAUCCUCGCCGCUGGCCUCAAUCCAGCCGACUACAGACUUUCAGAAUUCCAGCUACUACAUCGUUUCGCAUUCCCAAAGCCCGCCUCCCCUGGGAACGACUUUGCCGGAUACAUUGUGAAGCCCGCCCUUGAUUCUGGUCUCAAGGAAGGGCAGUUGGUUUUUGGCGCUGCAGGAACGAACUUCAUGUACGGCGGAUCAAUGUCAGAAUAUGGAGUUGCGCACGUCAACAACAUAGUGCCUAUACCAGCGGGCUUGGCUAUCGAGGAGGCUGCGGGAAUCACCAUAGCUGGCCUUACCGCUCUCCAGUCCAUCAUUCCGUACUCGAGUCCGGGAUCUCGAGUGUUGAUCAACGGAGGCUCUGGGGGAGUCGGCAGUUUUGGAAUCCAAAUCGCCAAAGCUCAAGGACGUCAUGUCACUGCGACUUGCUCAACCGCCAAUGUUCAGCGAUGCAAGAUGCUCGGUGCCGAUGAGGUCAUUGACUACAGAACUCAAAAUGUCCUCAAGACUCUAGAAGACUCACCGCAAAGGUACGAUCUCGUGGUCGAUUACGUUGGCGAGAACUACGACCUGUUCUGGAAAGCAGACAGGUACACCAAUGAAGACGCAAAGUAUGUUACCGUAGCAGUGAGCCAUCACCCUAGUUGCAUUCGUUUCGUUGCCGCUGCGCAGUUCAUGCCUAGGUUUCUCAGCGGAGCGAAGAGGCAGCAUAUCACCGUUUUUGGUCAACCCAAACGAGAGGAUCUGGCGCAACUUGCAGACUGGAUGGUCGAAGGGAAGAUAAAGGCCGCGAUCGAUUCAAAAUAUGCAUUCGAAGAUCUGAAGACUGCAUAUCAGAGGUUGAAAACAGGGAGAGCCACGGGAAAAAUCGUUCUUCAAGUUGCGCUGAACUCGGCGCUCAAUGUAUAG